CUCUUAGAAACCUGCAGGGGGUGUGGUGAUGCGCAACUUCCAAUAUUGCUAUUAUACAAGACCAAUGGGUGAUCCUUAACUAACAGAAGACUUCUUAUUGGUUACUACCUAAAGGGCUGGACUAUGAUAAAAAAAACUUCUUUUGAAUUUAAAUGAAGUAAAGAAACUAUGUGAAUGCUGUUCCUGCAGGUGAACAACUUGUACAGCGAUCUGCUUUUGUCUCAACUGCUUCUGCUAUUUGACUCCUAGAUUCCAAGAGGCACCAUGGGGAAUCCAUUUGACAGUGAACAAGUACACAAAGAAAUUAAAGAAGCUCUCCUAAAAAAUGACCAAGCCUUAGCUGUUGCAAAGAUCAAUGAAUAUUUCGAUCAACAGAAAAAUGUUCCACUAAAUAUUGCUAUAACUGGAGAGUCUGGCUCUGGUAAAUCCACCUUUGUUAAUGCGUUUAGAGGCAUAGACAACAGGGAUGAGAAAGCUGCUCCUACUGGUACUACAGAAACCACCAUGGAGGUUAACCCGUACCCCCAUCCCAACCAUCCCAAUGUGACAUUCUGGGAUCUUCCUGGUAUCGGCACCACAAAGUUUCCAGCUGACAAGUACAUGAAGCAUGUUGGAUUUGAAAAGUUUGACUUCUUCAUCAUUGUUUCAUCCGAUCGCUUCAAAGAAAACGAUGUGAGGCUGGCUAAAGAGAUUCAGAGGAUGGAGAAGAAGUUCUACUUUGUUCGCUCAAAGAUUGACAAUAGCAUGCGUGACGAGGAAAGAACUCAGAGAGACUUUAACAAAGAAAGAUCUCUGAAAAAAAUCAAGGAUAACUGCAUUCAAUGUCUUCAGGAACAAGGUCUCAAGUCUCCUCAGGUCUUCCUGGUGUCCAGCUUUGACCUGCAACUGUAUGAUUUCCAUCUGCUAGAGGAGACUCUGGAGCGAGAACUUCCUGAACACAAGAGAGAUGCCUUUCUGUUUGCCAUGCCCAAUAUCAGCCGGGAGAUCAUCAACAAAAAGAAAAAGGCUCUUCAUUCAAAAAUUAAAUACUUUGCUACUCUGUCUUCAGCUGUAGCAGGUGUAUUAAUUCCCGGGCUUUCUAUUGCUGUUGAUAUAGGCUUGCUGGUUGGUGUGGUGAAGCAGUACGUAUACAAGUUUGGUCUUGACAUCAAGUCGCUGCAGAGCUUAGCGAAUAGGGCAGGUGUUCCUUUAAAGGAAUUAAAAGAAGCCACAAUUUCACCACUAACAGCAACACAAGUAACUCCUCCGAUCGUAAUGAAGGUGUUUGCCCAGAGUUCCAACCAAAUAACGUUAAAGGCAGUAGAGGAAGGGACCAGAUUCAUUCCAGUCUUUGGAAUCCCAACAGCAAUGGCCCUGUCUUACAUCACAACCUACAGAGGUCUCAACACUUUCCUCGACAUGCUUGCUGAAGAUGCACAUCGGGUAUUUAAAAAGGCCAUGGGUUUGAAACCCCCAAUGUAAUAGUGCAAACAAAUGUAUUCAUAUAUUCAACUUUAUACUUCUGUAAAUUAGCUGCAUAUUUAAACAUGUUGUGCAUCAUAUAGACUAUUGUGCAGUUGUGUCAUGAGACUGAAAAAACAAAGAGGACCCAUGUGCAGAAGACCAGAAGUAUAUUUUAAUAAAAGGCAAAAUAAGGCUUUUUUUUCUAAAUCCAACAAAAAUCCAAAAGAAGAAAACCAAGUGCUACGAGGAAACUUCAUGCAGCAACACGGGGAACAUCUGACAAUGAACUGACACCUGUAGGGAAGGACCACUGAGACUAAGGUCUAGUCCAAACGUAGGCGGUUCUUCUUUUAAAACUGAGGCUUUCGUACACGAGUAAACGGCAUUUAAGGUCACU